AUGUCGGGUCUCGGGAUCUCUCUCGACGGUCUCCCGGACAUUGUACAGGAGUUGCAGCUCGCCGUUCGCUUCGAGUCGGAGGACCAGCACGAUUUGACGAUUCACCCGCCGUCCUCGCACCGCCACCCGACACUAGAAAAAUGGACCUGGAAGCGAAUUUUGGGACAAGGGGACCGUAGUGAGGUCAUUUUGCAGGAGAGAAUCACAGCCCAGCCCGACCAACCCAAGCUCCGCGUCGUGAAGAGCAUCCGCCUGCCAGACGACCCCAACGAAUCCAGCGCGCAUGUCUAUCAACACAUCGAGCUUGUGUCCAAAUUCUCACAACCCGAGUACGCGGGCCAGUUCGCCACAUGCCUUGGCUGGUAUACUGGCAUUGGUACGGUGCACAUCGCCACGGAGUACUGCGAACUCGGAGAUCUCGACAGGUACCUCCCGAAAUUGGGCGGCAGACUCUUCGAGACCGAUAUUUACGACGUCACCUGGCAGAUUCUAAGUGCUCUCCGCAGUUUGCAUGAGCAGGGUUUCAGCCAUGGAGGCCUCAAACUUUCUAACGUUCUUGUAAUGACCACCCAUCCUUCUUGGUGGGUUAAACUGGCCGAUUUCGGCCUGAGCAAGCUGAAUGAGAGCUUGACGGGCAUGAUCACCGCCCGAGGAGUCCUGCACGAGAUAGCGCCCGAGGUGCUUGGGUACAGUGGGAAUCCAAGCAACGUGGAUCCAUUCCUUGUCGAUAUGUGGUCGUUGGGACAAAUAGCCUUCAGGAUAUCUGCAGGGCACCCCAUGUUCUCAUCUCACGAGAGUCUCUUCACAUACUGCGAUGGGCAGACACCGAUCCGAGAGUCGGUCUUACGGAGGCAUGCAGUGGAAGAGAAUUUUAUCCAGUUUAUCAAAGGUCUCGCCGAGCCACGACCUGGGCUGAGGCUAUCCUUGAGGGAUGCAUUGGGAUUUUCGUGGACGAGGAUAUACCAACCUUACCAGACUCAGCCGAUAUUAUCGCAACCUCAGUCGAUCACACCCAAGACUCAACAGAUCGAAACCAACACUGCGCCGGUCGUAUCGAAACCGUUCGUGCCUCAGCUUCAACCAGUUGUAACCAAUACUGCGCCGAUCGUAUCGAAGCCGUUCGUGCCUCAGCUUCAACCAGUCGUAACCAAGACUCCGCCAGUCGCAUCGAAGCCGAUCGUACCUCAGCUUCAACCGGUCGCGCCCCAGGUCCAGCCGGUCGUAUCCCAAUUAAACACGCCGAGGAGCGCACUACCCUCUCCUGCUAUUACCAGAGAGCACUUUGAAAACUUCGAAAUACCAUAUGCUAGGUCAGUCGAGGACAGCAACGCCUCCAUCAGCAGUCGCGGCGACACAGUCGACAAGCCUUUGCCGAUGAAACCAAUCAUCACGAGUCCGGCGGAUCUCCUCAUUCCCCAUUACGAUCAGUCGAGAUCUCCAAAAUCUCCAGCUUCUUUCCAAAGGAGCCCAAAGAGCCCCAGAAAUCACGAGGAGGAGCACGAGGACGAAACGAACAAGACUGGAAAGCGCAACUGGAAGGUCUUUGCCAAGAUCGCCAAUGGCCUAACGCAGAGCACCACAUCUUCGACGUCAGGCAGCGAAGAACAACCACACACGAACCAGUCAUCGAGGAAAGGGGGAAGCCUGCCCAACUCACCCUCACUAAAGUCUCCUCCACGGGUCCCUUCAGGCUGGGUCACCCACUUGGACGAGCCAUCUCAGCAGUGGUACUUUGUCAAUCGAUUCACGAACAACUCGCAGUGGGAAGUGCCAACUUCUGCUGCGAAGCCAGUUAAGCUCAAGGAGUCGCCCCGGCCUGAUACCCCAGCAUCAUCGAAAGCCCGCUCUAAUAAGGGCUCCAAGGCCCCCAAUGCGCGGAUUGCCCGCUUCGAGGAAAACUAUCCCAGCUGGGCGAUAUAA